GCUGCCAUUUUGGCCGGCGCAGGCGGUGGGAGGAGGGGGGGUGUCUGUGGUUGCUGCCGCCAUUUUGUCGUUGGUGUUUGAGUGCGGAGGAAGCUGGCGGAGGGUGCCGGAGUCAGCCCCAUACCCCGCGCCACCCGCUAGCCAGCCCCACCGGAGACCUGGCGACCGUCUGCUUCGAUUCUCUUGAUCUGAAGAUGGCUGCACAGUCAGCACCGAAGGUUGUGCUAAAGAGCACCACCAAGAUGUCUCUGAACGAGCGCUUUACUAACAUGCUGAAGAACAAACAGCCGAUGCCAGUGAAUAUUCGGGCUACCAUGCAGCAGCAGCAGCAGCUAGCCAGUGCCAGAAACAGAAGACUGGCCCAGCAGAUGGAGAACAGACCUUCUGUCCAGGCUGCUUUGAAGCUUAAACAGAGCUUAAAGCAACGCCUCGGUAAAAGUAACAUUCAGGCACGAUUAGGUCGGCCAGCAGGACCCCUUGCUCGUGGAGCCAUGGGAGGAAGAGGACUGUCUAUGGGGCAGAGAGGCUUGCCACGAGGAGCCAUGCGUGGUGGCCGGGGAGCAAGAGCUCUGCUGAGAGGAGGAGUCUCGCUCAGAGGUCAGAGCCUGCUUCGUGGAGGACGAGGUAUAUCCCCCAGGAUGGGCCUGAGAAGAGGUGGCCUUAGAGGUCGCGGUGGCCCUGGAAGAGGUGGUCUAGGCAGAGGCGCCAUGGGGCGUGGAGGACUUGGUGGCAGAGGUCGUGGCAUGACGGGCCGGGGACGAGGGGGCUUCGGAGGUCGUGGCAGAGGCAGAGGACGAGGACGAGGAUCGGCACGUCCUGCAUUGACCAAGGAGCAGCUGGACAACCAGUUGGAUGCUUACAUGUCUAAAACAAAAGGACACCUCGAUGCUGAGCUGGAUGCUUACAUGGCUCAGACGGACCCGGAAACAAACGACUGAAGGUCAUAGCGAGAGACUGUUGUUGAAGUUAGUGUGUUAUGUCGAUGCCCAUAAGCUAAAAACGGAAACCCUGAUUCAUGCUGGAAGGACCCGCAGGAAUAGGGAGCGGCCCUGUUCUACUGAGAGAUCAGACUUUAGUGUGUUCCUUUAAUGUUUUGAUACUAUCUGUUGUAUGAAACCUUUUUUUGGAUUGUUUUUUACGUAUUUUUUUUUCUUUCCCUGAGUACUCCAAACAUGAAUGUGACAGAUCUGCCACAGUUAAUCUGCUGACAUCAGCGCUGGUGACUUGCUGUGCAUGCCGCCCAUGCUGUGUUAGGUGAAGUGCUCCUCGGCGCUGGGAUCGUGUGUUGAUGUGCUGCUUAAGCUCCACAGUUGCGUUUUGGGAUCGGCCUGGUCCCCAAGUGUGACUGAAGGGCUGAGUUCACACCCACAGUUCAGUUUAACCCAUCUGAAGCAAAAAAAAAAAAAAACGCAACCAAACUCCCAGCAGGGCAAACAGUCAGGUCAGGUUUAGUUGUAGUGCUCCUUGUAGACAUGCCAAUCUCGUUUUGCACCAAAACUACUACUUUUGUUGGUGGCCAGUGUUCUGUUAAUGCCUAGUGUGGAGCACUUCCUAGGUUGAAAACUUCGUUGGUUUGGCUUUUUUGUUGUUUUUAGGUGAAGUUUGAAUUUCUUUUGCAUUGUGUUGAACAGAUGGCACCAGUGGUUUCUGUAUCUGCAAGAAAACAAGUGUUUAAAGGAAUUGGAAGCAGGAACAUAAAAUUACAGCUGUGAUGGCCAAGUGUGGUAGAACUGUCUCUUCUAAAAACCGGGGUCCAAAAUUCAUCUGUUACCUUCUGGUGUAACCAAAACUGCCUCCUCUGCUCAGACCAACUGCCUGCACUUACCCCGGACAGGUUUGGGAAGGGGUCUGUUUCUCCCACCCUGCCCCCUCAAGUUUUCAGUUCAGCCAUUCUGUGAGCUGUUCCAGUUUCAAUGGAAUCUUGUAUUUCUGGU